AUGGCAGAAUUUUGGUACAACACGAACUACCAGUCAGCAAUAGGAAUGACACCAUUCAAGGCUCUUUACGGCUUCGACCAUCCUCAGCCCUCUUUUGAGCUAGUGGCACAGACACGAUUGGAGUCAGUAGAUCAAAUCUUGAGAGAAAGACAGUUACUCAACAAGAUUCUCAAGGACAAUCUGACCAAUGCACAAAAUAGGAUAAAGCAUUACGCUGAUUCCAAGAGAAUGGCAAUCCGCCGGAAUUUGAAGUUGGCAGCUAAAUUCUAUGGGGCUUUUGAAGUGCUCCGCAAAAUUGGCAAGGUCGCUUAUGUGCUCAAGCUUCCAUUGGGAUCAAAAAUUCACCCCGUUUUCCAUGUAUCUCAGUUAAAGAAGGCAGUGGGAAAUCAUGUGCAACCAUCGAAGGAGCCACCAAUUUGCACUGAUGAUGGUCAAGUCUUGACUGAACCAGUAGCCAUCUUAGGUCGCCGAAUUAUGAAGAAGGGCAACAAAGGUGCUACCCAAGUCCUAGCUCAGUGGGAAAAUCUUUCCAAGGAUGAGGCUACAUAG